UAAUGUUCAGUUUGUUCAGCGGGAUCGAUGUUUGCUGGCAUCGCCUCGCCCUGUCUUGUGUGUGUGUGCGAGGGUGUGUGUGUGUGUUUGUGUGUGUGUGCAUAUGUGGGGGGUGUGAGUGUGUGUGUGCGAGGAAGCGGGGGUGCGUGCGCGUGUGAGUGCGUGUGUGAGUGUGUCUGUGUGUGUGUCUGUGUGUGUGUGUGAGUGAGUGAAUUCCAGAUUUUCUGUCUUUCCAAAACCCGCUCCUGUCCUCUCGCAUAUCACUCACAGACGGGGAUCUGACAGCAGCCACAAACCUACAGUGAGUGAUCGCUCUCCCCCCGGCACGAAUCCGCCAUAGAGAUCGGCGAGGAGGAGGAGGAGGAGGAAGAGAAGAAGGAGGAGGUGGAGGAGGAGGUGGAGGAGGAGGAGGAGGGAAAGAGGAGAAGGGAGAAGAAGAAAAAGAAGAAGAAACCCACAACCUUCCCAGGAUUGCCUUUUUUUUUUUCCUUAUCUUUACGCGCGAGUGUGCGUGUGGCGCGUGUGCGCCCCUCGUCCCUUCCAUCCGAACCCGGUCUUGGAUGUUUAAUAAAGAAAUCAAGUGUCUCAACAGUCACCAAAAAAAAAACGCAAAAACAAAAACAAAAAAAUUCCAAAAGCAAAAACAAAAAAGAGAGAGAGAGGAAAAAAAAAUCCAAAACAAACAAACAAACAAGGCAGAACCAACCUCUACUUCAAAGCAGCCGGCACAAGCCACCCGUGUCUGCCACCCAGAGAGGGGGGUCUCUGGCCCGUGGUGGAGGAGUUGCAGGGGGGAUCGUCAGGGGGACAGAGGCCGAGUGACGUCUUAGGAGCCACCGGGCAAGAGGCGGAGGAGACCCAGAGAGGCCAGACAGACAGCGGGCCCCGGCGCGCGGCUCGGGGCUGGGGCGCCAGAAGUGGGACUGGAGCGAAGUAGAGGAUGCCGAGGAGAAAACAGCAGGCACCCAAGCGGGCGGCAGGCUACGCCCAGGAGGAACAGCUGAAAGAAGAGGAGGAAAUAAAAGAAGAAGAGGAGGAGGAAGACAGCAGUUCAGUAGCUCAACUGCAGGGUGGCAAUGACACAGGGACGGACGAGGAGCUAGAAACGGGCCCAGAGCAAAAAGGCUGCUUCAGCUACCAGAACUCUCCAGGAAGUCAUUUGUCCAAUCAGGAUGCCGAGAACGAGUCUCUGCUGAGCGACGCCAGUGAUCAGGUGUCGGACAUCAAGAGUGUCUGCGGCCGAGAUGCCUCGGACAAGAAAGCAAACACUCGCGUCAAGCUUCCAAACGAAGCACACAAUUGCAUGGAUAAAAUGACCGCUGUCUACGCCAACAUCCUGUCGGAUUCCUACUGGUCAGGCCUGGGCCUUGGCUUCAAGCUGUCCAAUAGUGAGAGGAGGAACUGUGACACCCGAAACGGCAGCAACAAGAGUGAUUUUGAUUGGCACCAAGACGCUCUGUCCAAAAGCCUGCAGCAGAACUUGCCUUCUAGGUCCGUCUCGAAACCCAGCCUGUUCAGCUCGGUGCAGUUGUACCGGCAGAGCAGCAAGAUGUGCGGGACUGUGUUCACGGGGGCCAGCAGAUUCCGAUGCCGACAGUGCAGCGCGGCCUAUGACACCCUAGUCGAGUUGACUGUGCAUAUGAAUGAAACGGGCCACUAUCAAGAUGACAACCGCAAAAAGGACAAGCUCAGACCCAUGAGCUAUUCAAAGCCCCGGAAAAGGGCUUUCCAGGAUAUGGACAAAGAGGAUGCUCAAAAGGUUCUGAAAUGUAUGUUUUGUGGCGACUCCUUCGAUUCCCUCCAAGAUUUGAGCGUCCACAUGAUUAAAACAAAACAUUACCAAAAAGUGCCUUUGAAGGAGCCAGUCCCAACCAUUUCCUCGAAAAUGGUCACCCCGGCUAAGAAACGCGUUUUUGAUGUCAAUCGGCCGUGUUCCCCCGAUUCAACCACAGGAUCUUUUGCAGAUUCUUUUUCUUCUCACAAGAACGCCAACUUGCAGUUGUCCUCCAACAACCGCUAUGGCUACCAAAAUGGAGCCAGCUACACCUGGCAGUUUGAGGCCUGCAAGUCCCAGAUCUUAAAGUGCAUGGAGUGUGGGAGCUCCCAUGACACCUUGCAGCAGCUCACCACCCACAUGAUGGUCACAGGUCACUUUCUCAAGGUCACCAGCUCUGCCUCCAAGAAAGGGAAGCAGCUGGUAUUAGACCCGCUAGCGGUGGAGAAAAUGCAGUCAUUGUCCGAGGCCCCAAACAGUGAUUCUCUGGCUCCCAAGCCAUCCAGUAACUCAGCAUCAGAUUGUACAGCCUCUACAACUGAGUUAAAGAAAGAGAGUAAAAAAGAAAGGCCGGAGGAAACCAGCAAGGAUGAGAAAGUCGCAAAAAGUGAGGACUAUGAAGAUCCUCUACAAAAACCUUUAGACCCUACAAUCAAAUAUCAAUACCUAAGGGAGGAGGACUUGGAAGACGGCUCAAAGGGUGGAGGGGACAUUUUGAAAUCUUUGGAAAAUACUGUCACCACAGCCAUCAACAAAGCCCAAAACGGGGCCCCCAGCUGGAGUGCCUACCCCAGCAUCCACGCAGCCUACCAGCUGUCUGAGGGCACCAAGCCGCCUUUGCCUAUGGGAUCCCAGGUACUGCAGAUCCGGCCUAAUCUCACCAACAAGCUGAGGCCCAUUGCACCAAAGUGGAAAGUGAUGCCACUGGUUUCUAUGCCCACACACCUGGCCGCUUACACUCAAGUCAAGAUGGAGUCAGAAGACAAAGAUGAAGCGGUGAAGGAGUGUGGGAAAGAAAGUCCCCAUGAAGAGGCCUCAUCUUUCAGCCACAGUGAGGGCGAUUCUUUCCGCAAAAGUGAAACACCUCCAGAAGCCAAAAAGACAGAGCUGGGUCCCCUGAAGGAGGAGGACAAGCUGAUGAAAGAGGGCAGCGAGAAGGAGAAACCCCAGCCCCUGGAGCCCACAUCUGCUCUGAGCAACGGGUGCGCCCUCGCCAACCACGCCCCGGCCCUGCCAUGCAUCAACCCGCUCAGCGCCCUGCAGUCUGUCCUGAACAAUCACCUGGGCAAAGCCACGGAGCCCUUGCGCUCACCUUCCUGCUCCAGCCCAAGUUCAAGCACAAUUUCCAUGUUCCACAAGUCGAAUCUCAGUGUCAUGGACAAGCCAGUCUUGAGUCCCGCCUCCACAAGGUCAGCCAGUAUGUCCAGGCGUUACCUGUUUGAGAACAACGAUCAGCCCAUCGACCUGACCAAGUCCAAAAGCAAGAAAGCUGAGUCCUCGCAAGCACAAUCCUGUACGUCCCCACCUCAGAAGCACGCUCUGUCUGACAUUGCCGACAUGGUCAAAGUCCUCCCCAAAGCCACCACCCCAAAGCCAGCCUCCUCCUCCAGGGUCCCUCCCAUGAAGCUGGAAAUGGAUGUCAGGCGCUUUGAGGAUGUCUCCAGUGAAGUCUCAACUUUGCAUAAAAGAAAAGGCCGGCAGUCCAACUGGAAUCCUCAGCAUCUUCUGAUUCUACAAGCCCAGUUUGCCUCGAGUCUCUUCCAGACAUCAGAGGGCAAAUACCUGCUGUCUGAUCUGGGCCCACAAGAGCGUAUGCAAAUCUCCAAGUUUACGGGACUCUCAAUGACCACUAUCAGUCACUGGCUGGCCAACGUCAAGUACCAGCUUAGGAAAACGGGCGGGACAAAAUUUCUGAAAAACAUGGACAAAGGCCACCCCAUCUUUUAUUGCAGUGACUGUGCCUCCCAGUUCAGAACCCCUUCUACCUACAUCAGUCACUUAGAAUCUCACCUGGGUUUCCAAAUGAAGGACAUGACCCGCUUGUCAGUGGACCAGCAAAGCAAGGUGGAGCAAGAGAUCUCCCGGGUAUCGUCGGCUCAGAGGUCUCCGGAAACAAUAGCUGCCGAAGAGGACACAGACUCUAAAUUCAAGUGUAAGUUGUGCUGUCGGACAUUUGUGAGCAAACAUGCGGUAAAACUCCACCUAAGCAAAACGCACAGCAAGUCACCCGAACACCAUUCACAGUUUGUAACAGACGUGGAUGAAGAAUAGCUCUGCAGGUAUGGGUUUGCUCCGAGGCAUUGCGACUAGCCUGGACGAAUGCCUUAGUUUCCACUUUCCAGCCUGGAUCCCCUCACACUGAACCCUUCCUCGUUGCACCAUCCUGCUUCUGACAUUGAACUCACUGAACUCCUCCUGACACCCUGGCUCCGAGAAGACUGCCAAAAAAAAAAAAAAAAAAAAAAUCACCCCAGCCAUUUCUCUUCAUCCUCACUAACAAUUUGGUAAUGAAGUAUUGAUUUCCACUUCUCUGCUUAUGGGUGAUAUUAGAUUUUCAUUGAUAAACUGCAAUGGGGCUGUCUCGUCUCCACAGUAACCUUUUCACUAUCACAAGAAAACAAAGUGCCACCGAAGAAAAGUAAUGACUGAGAGCAUUGAUGUACUUAUUUUGUCAGUUUGUAACAGGAAAGUGGGGAGGAGUAUAAGUCUUCAUAGUUUAAUGUCCAAGUGGGUUGCACUAGAUGUAGACACUUGGAGGCUUACUUUUCAUGGUAAUGUCCAUUUCCUAUUUAUAACCCCUCUGGGAACGUUUGUCUAAAGGAAAUGUUUCUGUUCAGUGUAACAAUUACGGUUGCACCUGGAUUGCCCAGUCCUGCCCCUGCACUAGGGGGCCAUUAAUCACUGCAAAGUAGAAGAAUUAUUAAGUUAAACCAGAGUUUGAGCCAAGAAAAUCCCUGAAUAAUGUUCAUCUUCUGUGAAACUUGUUCAAAUAGUGAAGCUUAACCAUGUUGCUGCCAAAGACUUUUCCUAUGCAGUGGUGGGGCACCUUGAUCAUCAUCAUUAUCUUGAUUGGCUGAAAAAAAAAAUAGUUUUAAGCACACACCACUGUCAUAUGAGAACUGCAAAUUGGGAGAAUUGGUGAAAUGCAGAAUCUGAGAGAACGCGAGAAGAUGAGGUAAUUACAGGGUGGAAAGUUCUGCAGCAGCCUUUUCUGGAGAACCUGAUGUUUAUGGGCUCUAAAACGCAGCUUAGCUUUAGAAGCAACAGAAAGCAUGAAAUAGGGUGUCCAUUUUAAAUGUGUUCCUGCAACUUUUUUCAUUAAAACUUUGAGGGCCCAAUUUUAAUUUGUGGAAUAUUCCCGUUAAUAAUGAGAUCUAAUUAAGACAUCCAUUAAAAGCCCGUUAAAGUUAAUUUAACGUAAAAAUUCCAAUAGAACUGUAUUAGAUUUUCUCCAUUAAAUUAACGUUAUGGAUUUUUAACGGAUGUCUUAAUUAUACGUUAUUAUUAACGGGAAUACUGUAUUACACAGAUUAAAAUCAGGUCCUAAGUCAACUUGGAAAAGCUAAGAGCAUGUUUUAAUAUUAAAAGUCUUGCAUACCUAGUGCACAGUUUGGAGACACAAGGAUAGAUCUGUUUACUCUAGUUGAACAUUUUCUAUACAAUUGAAAGCAACCUAUAAUAGAUAAAUCCAUCAUUGCAUUUAAACAAUGAAUUUCCUUAUUCUCAAAGGACAAAUACAUCUGGAUUAUGUGGUAAAUUGCUACUCAGCUAUGGUGAAAUAUUUAUAUUAUUCUAGGCACAACACUAGGAACUAGGUGAUUCUGAAACAAAAGGAAUAUUUUCUGUUGUUGCUUUAAUUACCAAGGUUAUUUUUUUUUUUAUCUCAACACUGACAAAAUGAAACCAAAUAUCUCUUCCUCACCAUUUCUCAAGGAGGCUGCCUGUUGGAGUUGUUUUGGAAAUUUUGACAUGAUCCCUAAAUUCAACAUUGGGAUUAAAAAAAAAAAAAAAACUUCUUAUUUACCUCCUAGGGAAAGUGUUGCCCUUAUGCCACAUAUAAUAGCAAAUUGCUUUUUUUAUGGCAUGCAUAAUCUAGAUGGGAAAAAAUAUGACGCUUUGGGGA